AUGGGAAAUUUGGCAAAUUUGGUUACGGGGCAAAAGGAGUUAGUGAUUGACUUGGAUAAAAUGAAGGUAGACCUUGUGGAAAGUUGGGAAACUCAUCUACCGUUGGUAGAGUUCGUGUACAAUAAUAGUUACCAUUCGAGUAUUGGGAUGACACCUUAUGAGGCUCUGUAUGGGAGGCCAUGUCGCUCCCCUGUGUGUUGGGCCGAAGUUGGAGAUAGAUCAUUGCUAGGCCUCGAAAUUGUUCAGUUGACAACUGAAAAGAUUAAAACUAUUCGGGAAAGAUUAAAGACUGCUCAAAAUCCGUCUCAUGUCAUUGAUUACCAUCAUAUCGUUCUAGAUGAUAAGUUGACGUAUGAGGAAAGACCAAUUCGGAUUUUGGAUUGGCAAGUGAAACAACUACGGAAUCGAGAAAUCCCUAUGGUGAAAAUCGAGUUGCAAGAACAUUAUGGGACCGAGGCUACUUGGGAAAGAGAAGAGGAAAUGCAAUACCAGUAUCCGUAUCUGUUCCUAUCCUAA